CGCGCCCCUGGACCCCGGCGCAGCUCCGGGACCCCCGCGCGUCCCAGGACCCCCGCACGCUCCCAGAACCCCGGGGCUCGGCCAACGGGGCUGAGCGCCCUGGUGAGGCGCCCCGCCCCAGAGGGUCCCCCUCUUCCAACAGGCGGAGCCCCGCCCCAGAGAAACCCCCAGGUCCGGCAGGGACAUUCAGCCACGCCCCAGAGGGCUUCCAGCAUCCAGCGGCUGGAGCCCUGCGCUCCAGAGGAAACUCCGUGCCCAGCUGGGGGCUCCCCGCCCCGCUGAGGGGGAGCCGCCCAGGAGGGUCCCCCGCGCCCCGCGGGCCCCGGCAGGAUGCACGCCGCCCUGGCGGGGCCGCUGCUCGCCGCCCUCCUCGCCACCGCCCGCGCCCGCCCGCAGCCCCCGGACGGAGGACAGUGCCGGCCGCCCGGAUCGCAGAGGGACCUGAACUCCUUCCUGUGGACUAUUCGGCGUGAUCCCCCGGCCUACCUAUUUGGCACCAUCCACGUCCCCUACACCCGAGUCUGGGACUUCAUCCCAGACAACUCCAAGGCGGCCUUCCAGGCCAGCGCCCGUGUCUACUUUGAGCUGGACCUGACAGACCCCUACACCAUCUCGGCGCUGGCCAGCUGCCAGCUGCUGCCGCAUGGAGAAAACCUGCAGGACGUGCUGCCCCGAGAGCUCUACUGGCGCCUAAAGCGCCACCUGGACUACGUGAAGCUGAUGAUGCCCUCGUGGAUGACGCCUGCGCAGCGGGGCAAGGGGCUCUAUGCCGACUACCUAUUCAAUGCCAUCGCAGGCAAUUGGGAGCGCAAGAGGCCGGUGUGGGUGAUGCUCAUGGUGAACUCGCUCACGGAGACGGACGUGCGCUCCCGGGGCGUGCCCGUGCUGGACCUCUACCUGGCCCAGCAGGCUGAGAAGAUGAAGAAGAGCACCGGGGCUGUGGAGCGCGUGGAGGAGCAGUGCCACCCGCUCAACGGGCUCAACUUCUCCCAGGUGCUGUUUGCCCUGAACCAGACCUUGCUGCAGCAUGAGAGCGUGCGGGCAGGGAGCCUGCAGGCACCAUACACCACGGAGGACCUCAUCAAGCACUACAACUGCGGGGACCUCAACGCAGUCAUCUUCAACCACGACACGUCCCAGCUGCCUAACUUCGUCAACACCACCCUGCCCCCGCACGAGCAGGUGACAGCCCAGGAGAUUGACAGCUACUUCCGCCAGGAGCUCAUCUACAAGAGGAACGAACGCAUGGGGAAGAGGGUCAUGGCGCUUCUGCAGGAGAACGAAGACAAGAUCUGCUUCUUUGCCUUCGGAGCAGGUCACUUUUUGGGAAACAACACAGUCAUAGACAUCCUGCGGCAGGCAGGGCUGGAGGUGGACCACACACCUGCAGGGCAGGCCAUCCACAGCCCUGCUGCCCAGAGCCCGGCGCCCACUCCUGAGGGGACCUCGACAAGCCCAGCCCCAGCAACACCAGCCACCGCCAUCCCCACAGUGCCCCCAGCGACCCCCACUGCCCCGCCAGAGGAGGAGGAGGAUCCAGCCCUGUCCCCACACCUCCUGCUCCCUGACAGCCUCAGCCAGCUGGAGGAGUUUGGCCGGCAGAGGAAGUGGCACAAGAGGCAGAGCACACACCAGCGGCCGCGGCAGUUCAACGACCUCUGGGUCCGCAUCGAGGACAGCACCACCGCCUCGCCGCCCCCCCUGCCCCUCCAGCCUACCCACAGCACCGGGACUGCCAAGCCCCCCUUCCAGCUCUCGGACCAGCUCCAGCAGCAGGACCCACCCGGGCCGGCCAGCAGCUCGGCGAGCUCGGUGAGCAGCUGCUCACGUCCUGCCCUGGGCCUCCUCCCCGCCGUGGCUGCCACCAUUGCCGCGCCCUUCCUGCUGCACAGCCUCAGGCCCUCCUGACCUCGGCCACCCCAGGCAGAGGAGCCAGACCAGCCACGCGAGGAUCUGCGGCCACAGCCCAGCUCCUGCCACCACUCCCAGGGGUGCCCGACACCUCAAGGGCAGGCCACACGGGGUCAGUUAGAACACUAGAGCUUUAUUGUACCUAAGUUACAUCUUCUUUUUUGUAGAAGGAUCUUAAUUUCCCAUAGUGCUAUGGGGCUCUUUUGUAAAAUAUAUGUCCAUAUUAAAAAAGAAAAAUGUAUUUAUUCUACCAAU